AUGAAGGCAGACUGUGCAGCAGGAUCUCCAGGGAAUGAAUGGAUUUUCUUCAGACACGAUGAGAAAACUGACUAUAAAAAUUCAUACAACAAGAAAACAAUGUUCAUCCACGGACCGAAAGGCUCUGUCAUCCUCUGGGCGUUUUUCCUCACAAGAACCAUUACUGGAUUCCCAGGAGAAGGACAAUCUAUAUGGAAAAAAGAUCGUAUCUUUAAUCCUAUGAAUGAAACUCAGAUGUUUCUCUAUGACACUUUCCCAAAAAACUUUUUCUGGGGUGUAGGAACUGGAGCAUUUCAAGUGGAAGGAAGUUGGAAAAAAGAUGGUAAGGGACCCUCGAUAUGGGAUCACUUCAUCAGCACACACCUCAGAGAUGUCAACAACACAGAUGACUCCAGUGACAGCUACGCUUUUCUGGGGAAAGAUUUGUCUGCGCUGGAGUUUUUGGGAGUUUCUUUCUAUCAGUUUUCGAUUUCCUGGCCCAGGCUCUUUCCAGAUGGGAUAGUAGCAGAUGCCAACGAGAAAGGACUUCAAUACUAUAAUACUCUCCUCGACUCUCUUGUCCAUAGAAACAUUGAGCCUAUAGUUACUUUAUACCACUGGGACUUGCCUUUAGCACUACAAGAAAAAUAUGGGGGGUGGAAAAAUGAAACCAUAAUAAAGAUUUUCAACGACUAUGCGACUUACUGUUUCCAGACUUUUGGGGACCGUGUUAAAUACUGGAUUACAAUACACAACCCGUAUCUAAUUGCUUGGCACGGCUAUGGUACAGGUAUGCAUGCACCAGGAGAGAAAGGGAACUUAGCAGCUGUUUAUGCUGUGGCACACAACCUGAUCAAGGCUCACGCCAAAGUCUGGCAUAACUACAAUACAAACUUUCGGCCACAUCAGAAAGGUUUGUUAUCGAUCACCUUGGGAUCCCAUUGGAUUGUACCAAACAAAUCCGAAAACAAUCUGGAUGUCCUUAAGUGCCAACAAUCCAUGACUUCUGUGAUGGGAUGGUUUGCCAACCCUAUCCAUGGGAAUGGAGACUAUCCAAAAAUAAUGAAGAAAUUACUUCCACUUCUCCCUCAGUUCUCUGAAGCUGAGAAAACUCAAGUGAGGGGAACAGCUGAUUUUUUUGCCUUUUCCUUUGGACCCAAUAAUUUCAAACCUCCAAGCACCAUGUCAAAAAUGGGACAAAAUGUAUCGCUCAAUUUAAGAGAAGUACUAAAGUGGAUUAAACUGGAAUACAACAACCCAGAGAUCCUCAUAACUGAGAAUGGCUGGUUCACAGACAAUCACGUGAAAACAGAAGACACAACAGCAAUCUACAUGAUGAAGAAUUUCCUUAAUAAAGUUCUUCAAGCAAUAAAACAUGAUGAAAUAAGGGUGUUCGGUUACACAGCCUGGUCUCUGCUGGACGGCUUCGAGUGGCAAGAUGCUUAUACCACCAGACGGGGCCUAUUUUAUGUGGACUUCAGAAGCAAACAGAAGGAGAGAAAGCCCAAGUCCUCUGCACACUACUACAAACAAAUCAUAAAGGACAAUGGAUUCCUCUUCAAAGAGUCCACACCUGAUGUGCAGGGGCAGUUCCCCUGUGACUUUUCCUGGGGCAUUACUGAAUCUGUUCUGAAGGCCGAGUCAGUAGCUUCUUCACCCCAGUUCAAAGACCCUCAUUUAUACUCCUGGAACGUCUCUGGCAACGGAAUGCUACAUCGAGUAGAAGGGGUGACCAUAAAAACAAGAGAUGCUCAAUGCACAGAUUUUGUCAGCAUCAAAAACCAACUUAAAUUGUUGGCCAAAAUGAAAGUCACCCACUACAGGUUUGCCCUGGACUGGUCCUUAAUUCUGCCCAAUGGAGACAUGUCGGAAGUUAACCAGCAAGUCCUCAGGUACUACCGAUGUGUGGUCAGCGAGGUGCUGAAACUCAACAUUUCCUCCAUGGUCACCUUGUACUAUCCGACGCACGCUUCCUUGGGCCUGCCCGCCCCUUUGCUCCAGAGCGGGGGAUGGCUGAACCGGUCGACCGUUCAUGCAUUUCGGGACUACGCAAAUCUGUGUUUUCAGGAACUCGGGGAUCUGGUCAAACUCUGGAUCACCAUCAAUGAACCCAACCGGCUGAGCGACAUCUACAACAGCAGCAGCAGUGACACGUACCAGGCGGCGCACAACCUGCUGAUCGCCCACGCCCUGGUCUGGCACGUCUACGACAGCCGGUACCGACCCUCCCAGCGCGGGGCAGUCUCUCUGUCUCUGCACGCAGACUGGGCCGAACCUGCCAAUCCUUUCGCCGACUCCCACCUGAAAGCAGCCGAGCGCUUUCUCCAGUUUGAGAUCGCGUGGUUUGCAGAGCCCAUUUUCAAGACGGGAGACUACCCCAAAGCCAUGAAGGAGUACAUCGCCUUCAAGAACAAGGAGGGGCUCUCCAGUUCCGUGCUGCCCCACUUCACGGCCGAGGAAAGGAAGCUCAUCAAGGGCUCGGCCGACUUCUGCGCGCUCAAUCACUUCACCACGAGAUUUGUCAUCCACAAGCAGCAGAACGGCAGCCAGUAUAACUUUGACCGAGAUGUUCAGUUUCUCCAGGACAUCACCUGCCUCAGCUCCCCAAGCCGCCAGGCAGUGAUGCCAUGGGGAGAGCGAAAGAUUCUCAAGUGGAUCCAGAAAAAUUACGGUGACGUGGACGUCUACAUCACAUCCAGCGGGAUCGACGACCAGUCCCUGGACAACGAUGAGCUCCGAAAAUACUACUUGGAAAAAUACAUCCAGGAAGCUUUAAAAGCUUACCUAAUUGAUAAAGUCAAGAUAAAAGGCUAUUAUGCAUUUAAAUUGACAGAAGAAAAAUUUAAACCCAGAUUUGGAUUCUUCACAUCUAAUUCAAAAGCAAAGUCCUCAAUCCAGUUUUACAACCACCUGAUCAUCAAUAGAGGCUUUCCUUCUGAGCACACCAGUUUGGGAUGUGGGGAGAGUCGCCGUGACAAACAGUGCAAUUUCUGCUUAUUUCUUGAGAAGAAGAAACCACUGAUAUUCUUUAGUAGUUGUCUCUUUUCCAGCCUGGUCCUACUUUUAACAGUUACCAUCUUCCAAAAGAGGAAGAGAAAAAAAUAUUAUAAGGCAAAGAACUUGCAACAACACAUUACGAUUCCGUUGAAAAAAGGUCAUAAGAGUAUUCUCGGUUAAACUGGUCUUAUUUCUAUCUGCCUUCAAAAGGCAGUGAAUAAAUUCACUCCACUUUCCCCAUUCCAAGUAGGUUACAAGUAGGAAAAAGAAAUGUUGGGAUAUUGGUUGUUACCAAGGGAAUGACCAUGACUUUGCAGGAUAGUCCACAUUAAUUUUCCUAUAGGGGUUGAUGUCAACAAAUUAAGAGUGGUGGGGUUUGAAGAUAAAAAUCUUCACUCAAGCAGACAUUAAACUGUGAAAAGUGCCAUGUACCUAGGUGUCUUGUAAAUUCUAAUAAGUUUCUUUUGGUCACUCUAUAUUUAUAUGAAUUGAUGUGGGUUGCUGGUUACAAUAUAAGCAGAACCAUUAAGAUACAAAACUGCCUUCUUAGUUUAAUUCUAUAGCAAAGAUUUUAAAUUCUUUCUUCAACCAGAGAAGCAGCAAUAUAUUUUGUUUAUAAAUCCCACUUUCCACAAGUUACUUUCUCUUUAUAUCAGAGUACAUUUUCUAUAUGGUUCAAGAAAAGGAUUAUUAGAAAAAAAAUUAAAAGUAUGAGACAUAAACUGGCUAUUCUCGAGAUAGUUGCAGGUUAAAAUCUUAGUCACAGAAUGGGAAGGGACCUAGUCCAAUCUGUAUUUGAAUGAGAUCUAGCCGUUGCUUGAAAAGCCCUCAGCCCUCUACCUUCUGAAGCUGCCCAAUCAACGUGUGUGAAUAGCUCUAAUUUUGAGGGACAUCAAGGUGAGCUGAAAUGUUUCUAGAUCUGUUUUCUGGGGACAAACAAAAUAAAUCUCAGUUCUCCUCUACUUGCAAGCUCUUCAGAUACUUCAAGAAAGCUGCUGGUCUAUCCUGCCUUCUCUAGGUAGAGCAUCCUCCAUUUCUUCAACCAUUCCCAAAACGGUUAAAUCUUAAGGCCUUCCACCAUCGUAAUGGUGUUGCUCUGGAUGCCCUCUAGUUUACUGAUAUUUUUCUAAACUUUGGUCAAAACAGAACAUCUCCUUCAUAGUCUUUCCCACUGGAGGAAAAGAGCAUAAGAAAACAAUGUCAAUUAUUUGAAUCUUAC